AUGGCGGAAGAGGCUGGAGGCUCGGGGUCUGCAAAGGGGAAGGAAGCUGAGAUUGAAGACAUGUUCAGCCAUCUGGAGCUCAAUGAGGAUGAGCUCGACGAGGUGGUCAUCUCCGCGGAGGCGGCCAAGGAGUUCCAGAAGGCUGGCUGGUGGUUGGCGAUCGGUCGUGUCCUUACUUCUCGGAAGUUUAGUGCAGAUGCUCUCUUCGCGAAGAUGAAAAUCGUCUGGAACCUCUCUCGUGAUCCAAUCUGCCGGGAGGCUGGUGAAAAUCUCUUUAUCUUUCAGAUGCACUGCCUGGGGGAUUGGAAGAAGGUCGUACACCAAGGACCGUGGACUUUCCGUGGAUGGGGGUUGCUCAUCGAAGAUUACGAUGGCCUGAGAAAUCCUGAAUCUGUCACCUUUGAUGGCAUGUAUGUUUGGGCUCAAAUUCAUGGCAUUCCAGAGCUAUACCGCAGGCCGGCUAUUGUUGACGAUCUCUCUCGCAAGAUUGGACUCGUCAGGGAGACGCAACUAUCCCCAAAGCUGUUCUUCGAGGGGAACUAUGUUCGUGUAAGAGUUAGAAUAAUUGUUGCAAAAGCUCUAAUGAGAUUUGUUACUUUGAACCUCCCAGAUGGGAAGAAGCGUUUCAUGGUCAAGUAUGAGAAAAUCCCAUAUUAUUGUAAACAUUGUGGGCUCUUGGUGACAUAG